AGGACAAAAACUUACUAGAGUCGUCCACAGAGCCCAGAUUCGCCUGCACCAUCGCGGUUGGAUCCGAUCGGAGACCCGAAGGACUGGCCUGAUGUCCAGGAUGUGAACGUUGUUCUCUGCUUCCGCUCCAAAUAAGCAGCAGACGCAAUGACAGCUUCCGCUUCUUCUACACCGCCCCCUGCUAUCCCCGCGGGGAUGGAGGGUUUCGUGGUUGGUCUGAUCGGUAUGGGCGACAUGGGUAGGAUGUAUGCCGAGAGGCUAUCCGCCGCUGGCUGGAGGAUCCUGGCCUGCGACAGGGAAGAUAGUUACGAUAGUCUGAAAGAGAAAUAUGCUGGAAAAGAGAACAUUGAGAUUUGCCGCAACGGGCAUUUCGUAUCACGCGCUAGCGACUACAUCAUCUACAGCGUCGAGGCGGCCGUUAUCGACCGUGUCAUUGCACAGUAUGGCCCAUCUACCAAGAUGGGCGCCAUUGUCGGCGGGCAGACGUCGUGCAAGUCACCCGAGAUCGCGGCCUUUGAAGCGUAUCUGCCCCAAGACGUGUCCAUCGUAUCGUGCCACUCCCUGCACGGCCCUGGAGUUGAUCCGCACAACCAACCGCUGGUGCUGAUCCAGCACCGUGCGCCAGAUGCGGCGCUGCACAAGGUGGAGGCGGUGCUAAGCUGCCUGCGGUCCAAGUUCGUGUACCUGACAGCGCUGGAGCACGACCGCAUCACGGCGGACACGCAGGCGGUGACGCACGCAGCGUUCCUGUCCAUGGGCAAGGCGUGGCACGCGAACCGGCAGUUCCCGUGGGAGCUGAGCCGGUACGUGGGGGGCAUCGAGAACGUCAAGGUCAACAUCAUGCUGCGCAUCUACAGCCAAAAGUGGCACGUGUACGCGGGGCUGGCGAUCCUCAACCCGGAGGCACGCAAGCAGGUGGCUCAGUACGCGACGAGCGUGACGGCGCUGUACAAGCUAAUGCUGGAGGGAAACCUCGAGGGCCUGCGAGAGCGCGUGUAUCGGGCGCGGGACCGGGUGUUCGGGUCGUCAGCGACGUGGGAGUCGCGGCCGCUCAUCGAGCCGUCGAUCCUAUCGUCGUUUUCGCUGGGGCAGCCGACGGACGCGCCGCCACGGCCCAACAACCACCUGUCGCUGGUAGCCAUGGUGGACUGCUGGUCAGAGCUGGGCAUCGUGCCGUACGAGCACAUGCUGUGCAGCACGCCGCUGUUUCGGCUGCGGCUGGGCGUGACGGAGCACCUGUUCCGCAACGCGCCGCUGCUGGACGAGGCGCUGCGGACGGCCGUCGAGGACAAGACGUACCGCAGCGACGACCUCGAAUUCACGUUUGCAGCGCGGGGAUGGGCCGAGUGCGUGACGCUGGGCCACUUUGAGACGUGGGAGAAGCGCUUCGUGAGCACGCAGGGGUUCUUCGAGCCGCGCUUCGCCGAGGCGAAGGUGGUGGGCGACAAGAUGAUGAAGAGGGUGCUCGAGGGGGCGAAGGAAGAGGGCGAAUAGGCGGUGGCGUGUUUCCGUUAUCUGUUAUCAGCCCGAAGCUUGCGUCAAGCACCUAUAAGCUAGCCUUUUAUAUAUGCAUUAAUUAGAUUGCAGUGCA